UUAAAAAUCAUCUGGCACCCAUGCCCUUGUGUUGUUAUUCACCGGACCGGAGUUUGUAAUUUUAUUUAUAAACUUUAUUUUUAUGACGAAUAAUCUCUUAGUAGUUCGCACUCAAUAGUAAAUACACAUUAUUUACCGAUCCAGCAUGGACAGUGACGAUGAUUGCAGGCUUCCCGCGGACACUAUGUUAAUCCUACAGCAAUUUUUAAUUGAGAAGGACUUACGCGAUAAAGAAGAGCAGACUAAGGAACAAUCUACAUGCAACUUUCAAGAAAACUGGCAAUUAAGUCAGUUUUGGUAUGAUACACAAACUAAAGAAAAAUUAGCUUCUAUUGCCAAUUAUUUCCGGCAACAAUUUAUGGAAUCAAAGGAUGCUGAACCACGUGUGGCAUUGCUUUCUUGCCCGUCUCUCUAUAAUCACAUGAAGGACAUUAAUAUGAACGUGAAACUGUUUGAAUUUGACCAACGAUUUGCGACGAUCGGUGCGGACUUUCUCCAUUUUGACUACAACAGAGCGGUUGAAGAAGACUAUCUGGACGAGUUUAAGAAAUCAUUUGAUUUCAUUAUUGCGGAUCCUCCAUUCUUAUCGGAGGAAUGCAUUGGAAAAGUUGGAAUGGUAAUAAAAAAAAUUGCAAACGUUGAUUGUAAAAUAAUCCUUUGUUCUGGUUAUGCUGUACGUGAUUGGGCUUUGAAAUAUUUAGAUUUAAAUGUAUGUAAAUUUGAACCACAGCAUGAACGAAAUUUGGGCAAUGAGUUUAGAUCUUAUGCAAACUUCGAUUUAGAUGAUGUGCUGGCAGAGGUAGCCUGAUUUUAUUGAGAAUGAAACUUAUCACUAUAAGAAA